GGCAUUCAAUUGAACGAUUGGAUUAUUUCAAGUAAAAAAGCACCUAUAUGCAAUUCAAACGAAAUGGAAAGAAUACAAAAAAAUUUUGGUUUACCACCACCUGAAAUGGUCUUUGGCAACAGUCGAGUGACGAUACAAUUUAAAAAUGAUUUUGAAUUGAAUCUGAACGCGUACGAUGCCUUGGCUAGGAUUGAUACGAGUUCCAGUAGUAGUGAAAAGAUCAAAGUGGCCUAUGCAGCAGAAUGGAAACGCAAAAGCGUAACCAAUUAUACAGAUAUUAAAGAUGUCGUGAAACCUUAUGAUUGGACUUACACCACCACGUAUCGAGGCACGACGAAUCAAACGUUUGAAACGUAUGAGGGUGACUCACUGAUCAACAUGGACCUGUUAAAGAAGCAAGAACCUAUUUUAUUUUAUGAUGAGAAUAUUUUGUACGAAGACGAAUUAGCCGAUAAUGGAACAGCCGUGUUAUCUGUGCGAUUGCGAGUGAUGCAAAGUUGCUUUUUGAUUUUGCAAAGAUUCUUUUUAAGAGUGGAUGAUGUUUUAUUCAGAAUCAAUGAUACAAGAAUAUUUCACGAGUUUGGAAAGGACCAUGUCGUGAGGGAAUAUCUAUCAAAAGAAGCGCAUUUCAAUGACAUUCGGCAGGUAAAAAACUCGGGGCGCAUGAUCAAG